CGGACCUCGUGAUUGCCAUGUCGUGCGUGAUCCACCGACUCGGCCGCGUGCCGUACCGUCAAGCAUGGGACUGGCAGCAGCGACUGAUCAAGGAGCGGUUCCGUGAUGCCUCUCUCAAGAACGUGUGCCUCAUGCUUGAGCAUCCACGAGUCUACACCCUUGGCCGUGGCGCGUCCAUGGACAACGUGCGGUUCGACACGACCGCGCCAAAUUCGGACUUCGAACUCAUCAAGGUGGACCGUGGUGGCGAAGUCACGUACCAUGGACCUGGGCAACUCGUGGUGUACCCAAUUUUGAACCUCACGCAAGGUCCGUUCAAGAAGGACUUGCACUGGUACCUUCGUCAAGUCGAAGAGGUGGUGAUUCAAACCCUCGGCCACUUUGACAUUCAAGGCGAGCGGGUCGAAGGACUGACGGGCGUGUGGGUCCCUGACUCGCGGCACGCGUUUCCCAAAAGCAAGAUCGCGGCUGUUGGUACCCACGCAAGCAAGUGGAUAACCAUGCACGGGUUUGCGCUGAACGUGACGACGGAUUUGUCGGACUUCGACCGCAUUGUGCCGUGCGGCCUCCACGACAAGGCGGUCUCUAGCAUUCAGGAUUUUCACCCGCAAAUCAAGAUGGAAGAUGUGCAGGACGCGGUUGCUGCGUCCCUCGCGAAGGUGUUUCACCUGCAUGAGGUCGAAACGACGUCAUUGCCACCGAUUCCAACCGAACCAUAGACAACCUGGUGGCCAACAGGAUGACCACAUGCCCCAUGGCGCCGUCUGCAGUCAUCGCAUCGUUCGUGGAUCCGAUUCUUCGCAUCGGUGGGUUUGACCGUGCUUAGCGGGUUUCACACAUUGUGAAUACACUCGAGCGAUAUCUCGUUUUCGACCAAGCGCUGAGGAAUUUGCAGCUUGUUCU